AUGUCUACCGGUAGAUAUAAAAGUCACUGGCGUAUCAGUCCACUUUGGAUGCGCCAACGCGUUUUACUGGAAUUCGUAAUCGUUGAGGUUUUGGAACGCGUGCUGGCCUAUACAAUGACUUGCGGGGGCCAGCCGAUGAUCAAUUAUCGUGUGAUAUGUGCUUGUACCCAGCAGUGUCAUCAGUUACAACCCUAUGAAUCGAAGAAAAAAGAAGAAAUGAAAUCUAGGUUUGCAUUGGUUGCGCAAUCAAGGGUAAACAAGUCUGUCUCACAACUAGAAAAUGAACAACCUUGA